ACGCAGCUGGCGGCGGCGGCGGUUGGGGGCUGAGCCCUCGGAAGCCCCGCGCGCUGCGGCUGCUAUGGAGGUGCCCUGGGUGCUGCUGGCCGCCGCUCUGCUCCCGCUCCUGCCCCCUGGCAGGACCGCCAGGCCGCUGCCCACCCUGGCCCCGCCGCUGAGCAUGGUGGUGGCCGGGCAGCGCCGGCGGCUGGUGGUCUGCGUGGUGAGCGACCUGGCCCCCAGCUCCGGCCACGCCGUCUGGAUCUCCAGCGGGAACGGCAGCACCCUGCAGUCCUUCACCUACGGGGCCUCCCAGGAGGAUGGUGGCACCGUCUGCACCAUCUCCCUCCUCCCCGAUGACCCCCCUGCCGAGGGGAAUCUCGCCUGCCACGUGGGGCCCAACAGAACCUCCCCGGCCCACAGCUCCAGCCCCGUCCGCAUCACGGGCAACGAAGAGGCGGCAGAGCCGUGUCCCGGCAGCACGGCCGUGUGCAAGUAUGUGGCGGUGGAGCUGAAAUCCGCUUUUGAGGAGACCGGCAAGACCAAGGAGGUGAUUGACACCAAGUACGGCUUCCUGGACGGGAAGGGCUCUGCCGUCAAGUACACGCAGUCGGACAUCCGGUUAAUCGAGGUGACAGAGAACAUCUGCAAGCGGCUGUUGGAUUACAACCUGCACAAGGAGAGGAGCGGCAGUAACAGAUUCGCAAAGGGCAUGUCGGAGACGUUUGAGACCCUGCACAACCUGGUGCACAAGGGCGUCAAGGUGGUGAUGGACAUCCCCUACGAGCUGUGGAACGAGACCUCCGCUGAGGUGGCUGACCUCAAAAAGCAGUGCGACGUGCUGGUGGAGGAGUACGAAGAUGUGAUCGAGGACUGGUACAGGCACCACCAGACAGAGGAUCUCUCCCAGUUUCUCUGCGCCGACCACGUGCUAAAAGGGAAGGACGCAAGCUGCCUGGCAGAGAAGUGGACGGGCAAGAAAGGUGACUUGGCAAGCGUGGGGGAGAAGCAGAGCAAGAAAAAGAGCGGGAAGAAGAAGAAGGGCCGGAAGGAUGAGAGCGAGGGAGCUGCCAGCCUCCCGGCCGCAGGGGAGGCCCUGGAGGAGAGCGGGGUCCAGGAGGAGGCUCCGCUCACCCACAGCCCAGCCGAUGAGCUGUAGGCACGCAGCCCCAGCCCCCGCGGCCACCCGCUCCGGGGUCUCGCCCUGCCGUGUCCUGUGGGUACCAAAGGAAAAGGGACUUGGGUCACGGUGUGAGCAACCCCAGGGAGGCCAGAGCUCCCGGCCCAGACUUGCCAGCUUGGGUGCGAUCCUGCGAGCAGGGGGGUGGCACGGAGCCGCCGACCCAGCCCUGCUGCCUCCCUGCUGGGGCUCCAGCUGCGGGAGGCCGCGGGUGCUGCCCCGGCGCCGGCUCCUCGUCCUGCCCGCGCUGCCCGCACCCUGCCAGGACUGUAAAUAAAGACGUUUUCCCCAGAA